GCAUAUCGGUUUUAGUUUGAGUGUAUUUUAAGCAAAAUGCGAGUUUUAUUUUUUGUUUCUUUUAUUUCAAUGCUUGGUAGCGCAAUUCCUGCUGCUGUUUCUCAGUCACAAGCAGUGACUUACUUGAUGAAGUUCGGGCACGCCCCAGAAAGCAACCAUAUGUCUGGGGACUUAAUGACGCUGUCCUCCCUUGAGGAUUCUAUUCGUUCAUUUCAAAGAUUCGCUGAUCUCCCAAUAACUGGUGAAUUAGACGAGUCCACUUUGAGAAAAAUGGGCGAAAAACGAUGCGGAAACCCAGACAUUGCAGGAACUGACAAUGCCAAACGAAAGAAGCGAUAUGCCCUUCAGGGAAGCAAGUGGGAUCAUAAACAUCUAACAUACAAGUUUAUCAACCAUUCCCCUGACUUACCUGCCUCGCAAGUCGAAACUGAAAUCCGGGCUGCGUUUCAAUGGUGGGAAGACAACUCAAGCCUAAGAUUCAGCAAAGUAGCAAAAAGUCAACGUGCUGAUAUUGAAAUUUUGUUUUCUGCUGGUGCCCACGGAGACGGCGACCCGUUUGACGGCCCUGGUCAAACUUUAGCACAUGCUUACUUUCCUGGCUCAGGAGGCAACGCUCAUUUUGAUGAAGCAGAGAGAUGGUCCAUAAGCAGUGGUUCAGGAAAAGUUAACCUGAGAAUUGUAGCGGCUCAUGAGUUCGGACAUAGUCUUGGUCUUUCACACAGUGAUGUUUCAGAAGCAUUAAUGGCUCCAUUUUAUAACCCGCGUUCAAGUGGUCUUCAUAGCGAUGACAUUCAAGCUAUUCAGAGACUAUACGGCAAAUCAAUGGUGAAACCAGACAUAGUUACACCAAAGCCGACAGUACCUACUACAACAAGAAGAACCACAACUCCCAGAACUACACGAAGAACAACCACCAAAGUUCCACCUGUCGGUGCUUGUAACGGAAGAUUUGAUGCCAUCACUCGUCUCAGCAACGGUAGUACUUACGCUUUCCAAGGAGACAUGUUCUGGAGGUUAAAUGACCAAAAUGUUGACGAAGGAUUCCCAGCUAGUAUCCGUACAGUGUGGGGUAUCAGUGGUAAAAUAGACGCUGCGCUGACGUACAACGGAAAUACAGACAUUUUCCAGGGCCACAAAGUGCACAGAUUUCGUAACGGGAUAAGAAUCCAGACGUCCCAUAUUUCAUCACGUUAUGGAAACGUUCCUUCUUUUAUUGAUGCUGCCUUUGAAUGGAGCGGAAACGGGAAGAUAUACUUUAUUAAAGGUGAGCAGUAUUGGCGAUACAAUCCAAGCAGAAGAACGGUUGAUUCUGGAUAUCCGAAACCACUUAGUGUAUGGCGUGGCUUGCCCAAACAUAUAGAUUCAGCAAUGCAAUGGAAUGGAAAGACAUAUUUCUUUGAGAAUGGGCAAUAUUACAGAUUUGACGACAACCGAAUCCAAGUUGCAAGUUCAACCAAAUACCCUUACCCACGGCGUGCGGACGAAUGGUGGUUAGGAUGUAAAGAUAAUACACUGAUGACCGGCCUGUCUCAAAACUCAGAAAAUGGGGGUGGAAGCGGUGGAGCCUCAAAAUCUGGAGUUCAAGUUUCUCUUGUUCUUUUAUCAAGCAUCGUCAUGAUUUUUACAGCUUUGGUUUAGAUGUUUUGAUGCUAUAUUGUAGGUUGGGGGGAGACGGGACACCUUUAGAAUAUAUUUAAAAUAUACUGAUCGUGUUUUAAACAAUUAACAACGCGCUACGCGAGUCGUGAGGAUACGGUUUUAUAAUUCAUUGAUUUUUUUUGUUUCCUACCAAACGGGACAAGAAAAUAGAAUGAAAAGGUGUCCCAUCUUUCCCCAUCCGACUUACGUUUUUUGUGUCUUUCUACGCACUUUACACAUAACGCAGUAUUCUAUUUUCCUGUGCCUUUGUAAACCCUUUGUUUAUAGUUUCUCGCUACUUUAUGAUAUUUAUCGUGCCAAGAUAUUAUUUGUUUUAAUAUUUAUUUUCUUUAUUGUAUGUACUGUUCAAACGUUGCUUGGGAAUACGUUCAUAUAAACGCGCAGGCGCGUAUUUGCAUUGACGUAUUCUAAUGAACUUGUAUGUCGGUAUCAUAUAUACGACCGCAUUUCUAAAUACAAAAACACACACAAAAAU